AUGGCAGCUAGGGACCGCUUUGGUGGUGCCUAUGCUGACCUGGGCUUCACCCCUCUUCAGAGAGCGAUUCGAAAUGCCUGCGACUUAUCACACUACGAACCCAACCUGGCCCUAAACCUGGAAGUUGCAGACCUGGUCAAUUCCAAGAAAGGCAAUGCUCCUCGAGAAGCAGCAUUCGAAAUUGUCCGCCUGAUCAAUUCCCGGAACCAGAAUGUCUCGUUACUAGCAUUGGCGCUUCUGGACAUCUGUGUCAAAAACUGCGGAUACCCGUUCCAUCUUCAGAUCAGCACGAAGGAAUUUCUAAAUGAGUUGGUCCGUCGCUUCCCCGAGCGGCCGCCUCUGCGGCCCACGAGGGUCCAGCAUCGCAUUCUCGAGUCAAUUGAAGAGUGGAGGCAGACAAUCUGUCAGACAUCGCGGUAUAAAGAUGAUCUGGGGCAUAUCCGUGAUAUGCACCGGUUACUACUGUACAAAGGCUAUGUAUUUCCGGAAAUUCGGCGCGAGGAUGCGGCUGUUUUGAACCCUAGCGAUAAUCUGCGUUCGGCUGAGGAGAUGGAGGAGGAGGAGCGAGAAGCGCAGUCGGCGAAGCUGCAGGAGCUGAUUCGGAGAGGAACGCCGGCAGAUCUACAGGAAGCAAACCGGUUGAUGAAGGUUAUGGCGGGAUACGACACCCGGCAUAAGACCGACUACCGGGCUAAGGCGGCAGAGGAGGUGGCCAAAGUUCAGGAGAAAGCCAAGAUUUUGGAAGAAAUGCUGCAGAGCCAGGCGCCGGGUGAUCGGAUCGCGGAGGGCGAUGUGUUUGAGGAACUUGCGAAUGCCCUUCAGAGUGCGCAUCCCAAGAUCCAGAAGAUGUGUGAAGAGGAGUCGGAUGACCCAGAAGCUGUGCGCAAACUGUUGGAGAUCAAUGACAGCAUACACCGCACAAUCCAGCGGUAUAAGCUCGUGAAGAGUGGUGAUUUCGACGCUGCGACGAGGAUUCCCAAGGGCACGUUGGGCACUACUACAGGGGUUUCUAAGAAUGCCAACAACGAGCUGUCUCUGAUCGAUUUCGACCCAGAGCCUAGUUCCAACGGCGCAGGACAGCCGGCACAGGGGUCUAGCUCUAUCGAGAAUGACUUGCUUGGACUAUCAAUCGACGAGCCUGUUCCGUCCGGUGGAAUCUCGUUAGGCCAGACGAGCUCUCCGGCGCCCCAAAUACCCCAGAAUCCUAGCGCAUUCCAAGCAAAUUAUGAUAUCCUCGGUUCGUUAAAUUCUAGCCAACCUGCGUCGUUCUCGUCGACACCCGCUCCUGCAUUUCAUCAACCUCCAGUUACUGCAACCCCACCCCCUGCAGUGGACCCAUUUGCGUCUUUAGUAUCCGCUAGCCCUCGAAACAACAGCCCGCUCCCUUCCAGCUCUGCAAGCCCUCGACCGCCCGCAUCGUCUUCCCUCCUUGAUCUCGCUGGAGCUGCCGAGCAGAAGCCUAAGACAACGGACGAUGACGAGUGGAACUUUACUUCCUCUUUACCAGAGAAUUCACUGCCGAGCACCCAGCGUGUGCAGGUCCUGAACUCGUCAUUGAAGAUCGAUUUCGUCGCUCGUCGACAUCCCCAGCAACAACGCCAAAUUCAUAUCGUCGCGUAUUUUUCUAACGCGACAAGUCUACCCUUGAGUGACCUCCACUUCCAGGUCGCUGUUGAAAAGGCAUACACAUUACACCUCCGCCCCCAAUCCGGCCGCGACAUUGCGCCGCUCCAGCAAAACGGCGUGCAGCAGGAAAUGCUCCUUGACGGCAUCGAUAUGGGCAAAGGCAAUACGGUCAAGAUUCGCUUCCGAGUCUCGUACCGGCUGGGCAGCGAUUCGAAAGAGGAGCAGGGAAUGGUACCACCGCUGGGCAUUGCAUAGCGCCACUCACUCGGCCACGAUUAGUCUUACAUUCAGUCCUAUUUAGCUAGCUUAUUUUACCC